UCCCGCGUCUGAGGCGCGAGCGGAGGGCGGGAAAUCGGCGAGCGGCGCUUUUGUGAGGAGAGUGGAAAUUAAUUUUUUUUUUAAAUAUAAACAUACUAAACACAGCACUAAGCGUGUUGCCUUCGAUGUCAAGGCGAGCGACCACAGCGGACGACGACGAUGUCGCACUCGGAUAACAAAUCUCCCAACGUUUUGCUGCAGAAUCUCUGUUGCCAGAUCCUGGGCAAGAGCGAAUCGGAGAUUGGGCACCAGUUUCAGUAUGCGGUGCGCGUCAUCGGAAGCAGCUUCACCCCCACGGUGGAGCGCGAUGAGUUCCUCGUGGCCGAGAAGAUCAAGAAAGAGCUCGCCAAGCAGAAGCGCGAGGCGGACGCGGCGCUGUUUUCCGAGCUCCACCGGAAACUACAAACCCAGGCCGUGCUGCGAAACCGCUGGGCCGCUCUCUACCUGCUGCUGUCGCUGGCAGAGAACCCACGAAAGCUACACACCAAGCUGAUGAGCGGCUCUGCGCUCUUUGGGAACGGCCUGCCCCUCCUCGUCCACUCCACCCCCGCAACGCGUCCACAGAGCCUCCCGCUGCCCCUGCUUGAGGCGGCAAGCGGCGUGGGGCAGACCGGCGGCGGGAUGCUGCCCUGCUCCGGGCAGCACCAGCAGCAGCAGCACCAGCAGCAGCAGCAGCAGCAGCAGCAGCAGCAGCAGCAGCAGCAGCGGGGUGUGUUGGCGAGUUCCGCUAGCUUCGGCAGCAGCGGAGUUAGCAGCGUCACGCCCAGCGGGAUGCGAGGGCCUACGCCCACGCCAGAAAGCCUCUACCCGGGGCAGUCUCACCGCACGCCGGCGGACGGCACGGCUCGCCAGGCGUGGCACGCGCAGUCCGGGCCCUACGGCCUUGUGGCCCGCAGCGACACGCACGGCGCACGCGCCGAGGGCGACAUCAACACCUCUGUGGAGCUUUCGGAGUCGCUGUUGGUUCGCGAUCUGCUCUACGUCUUCCAGGGGAUUGAGGGAACCUACGUGCGGCUGAGCCCCACCGAGGGUGCCUACCUUAUAGACCCUAAGGUGGGCGCCCCCAAGUCUCUGCGGGACGUGACGUCGCGUCUCUCGGAGAUCGGAUGGCUGCACAACAAAGUGCGCAAGUACGUCGACCAGCGCGCCCUCGACCGUGCCUUCGGCCUCGUGGGGCAGAGCUUUUGUGCCGCCCUUCAUCAAGAGCUGAAAGAAUUCUAUCGGCUCAUCUCUGUGCUCCACUCCCAGCUGAACGUGGAGGAGGACCUGGGUGUGAACGUCGGCCCUGAGGGCUCCCUCACCCUGCGCCGUCUCCUCGUGUGGACAUCGGAGCCCAGGCAGCGUCUCCACUCGCUCGCCGCACUCGUAGAUCGCUGCCACGGCCGCAAGGGAGGGGAGCUGGCCUCGUGCGUGCACGCGUACACUCGCUCCGGCUCCCCGUGCAUCCGCUCGCUGGCGCGUCACCUGCUGGGCCUCGUGUCUCUGCCACUGCACACGAUGCUGUCUCGCUGGAUCUACGACGGGGAGCUCGAGGACACGUUCCACGAGUUCUUCGUGGCGGCCGACCCUGCGGUGAAAGCGGAGCGCCUGUGGCACGACAAGUACUCGCUGCGCAAGUCGAUGAUCCCCUCCUUCAUCUCCAGCGAGCAGGCACAGAAGGUGCUGUCCAUCGGGAAGUCCAUCAACUUCCUGCACCAGGUGUGUCAGGACCGGACGCUGAGCACACGACCCAGACCCAGCUCGCAGCUCAAGGAUCAAAGGCACGGGCUCACGGCUGGCGACGGAGACAUCGAGUGGGAGUGGUCCCAGCUGCAGAUCGACACGGUGUACGCACGCACGAGCCGUCACCUGCUGGACACGUUGAACUCGCGCUACCACCUCAUGGAGCACAUGCAGGCCAUGAGGCGCUACCUGCUACUGGGGCAGGGAGACUUCAUACGUCACCUGAUGGACCUGCUCAAACCCGAGUUGGCGCGCCCAGCCAACACGCUGUACCAGCACAACCUGACGGGCAUCCUGGACACGUCGGUGCGCGCCACCAACGCCCAGUUCGACAGCCCCGACAUCCUCCACCGCCUCGACGUGCGCCUCCUCGAGGUGUCUCCGGGAGACACGGGCUGGGACGUGUUCAGCCUCGAUUAUCACGUGGACGGCCCCAUCGCCACGGUGUUCACGCAGGAGUGCAUGAUGCAGUACCUGCGCGUGUUUAACUUCCUGUGGAGAGCCAAGCGCAUGGAGUACUCGCUCACCGACAUCUGGAAGGCGCAGAUGUGUCACAGCAAGCUUCUGCGCAGCAUGCCUGAGCUGUCGGGCGUCCUGCAGCAGAGCUACGUGCUGGCGUCCGAGAUGAUGCACUUCAUCCACCAGAUGCAGUACUACAUCACCUUCGAGGUGCUGGAGUGCUCGUGGGACCGCCUGCUCACCCAGGUACGAGCGGCACCUGACCUGGACCAUGUGAUCGCGGCCCACCAGGAGUUCCUCUCCUCCUGCGUCUCUCGCUGUCUCCUCGACGCAGACUCACGGCUGAUGCUGGCCCAGCUCAGGGCGAUCUUCGACCAGAUUGUGCAGUUCCAGGCGGCGCAGGAGGGCAUGCAGCGCACCGCCCUGCAGGAGCUGCAGCUGCGCCUGCAGCACCAGGAGGAGGUCGCGGGGCGCCAGCGCUCGGGCGAGUGGGGCACCACGGAGGCGCGAGAGCGUCACGAGGAGCUGAGAAUCUCCGAGUUCCGUUCCCAUUUUGUGUCCAAGACUCGCUCGCAACUCCGUGUGCUCACGCAGUCCUACCAGGACAUCGUGCAGCAGUUCCUGGUGAUGUUGACGCGCAGCGCCGACGAGAGUCUCCGCUUCCUCUCGUUCCGCCUCGACUUCAACGAGCACUACCGGGCGCGCAACCCUCACCUGCGCCUCUCCCUGGGCAGCGCACGCAGCCAGCGCCGGGCGCCACCGCACUGAGAGAGACGGGGAGAGAGACGGGGGGAGACGGGGAGAGGGGGAGAGAGAGAGGGAGAGAGACGGGGAGAGAGAGGGAGAGAGAGACAGAGACACAGAGAGAGACACAGAGAGAGACAGAGAGAGACAGAGAGAGAGACAGAGAGAGACAAAGACGCAGAGAGAGACAGAGACACAGAGAGAGACAGAGACACAGAGAGAGAUACAGAGAGAGACAGAGACACAGAGAGAGACAGAGACACAGAGAGAGACAGAGACACAGAGAGAGACAGAGACACAGAGAGAGAUAGAGACACAGAGAGAGACACAGAGAGAGACACAGAGAGCGACAGAGAGACACACACAGAGAGACACACAGAGAGACACACAGAGAGACACAGAGAGAGACACAGAGAGACACGGAGAGAGACACGGAGAGAGACACAGAGAGAGACACAGAGAGAGAGCACCAGCCCCGGCGCGACCCGUCGCCCUGUCAAAACACAACCUCGGCUGACGUCCCGAGAUUUGCGCUCGAAAGGUCAACAGGUCGCGUGUAACAACCGCGGUGCCUUGCCGGUCUCUUCAAGGGGCACGAACCACCGUCAAUGCGCGCUACGUCAAGAGAUCGGGGCGCCGUGCGUGGCUAGGAGAUGUUGACUCCCUCGCCUGGUCUACAGGAGGUCGUGGGUUCCAUCCCGACCCUGACGACGCCUGCUGCUGCUGCUGUAUAUUUGGAAUCUGCGUCUCUCUCUCUCAACAUCAUCGCAGUUGCGAGAUGUUAACUCCCUCGCCUGGUGCGCAGGAGGUCCUGGGUUCGAUCCCGUCUCUGAGGCCUGCUGUUUAUUUAUAGUUUGAAUCUCUUAUCGUCAUCACGGUGGCUAGGAGAUGUUAACUCCCUCGCCUGGUGCGCAGGAGGUCCUGGGUUCGAUCCCGACCCUGAGGCCUGCUGCUGUAUAUUUGGAGUUUGCGUUUCUCUUCUCACCGUGGCCGUGUGGAUUUUUCUCCGGGAACCUGCGGUUGCUCCCCCUCCCCCCACGCUUAGAAUCAACGUCGCUAGAAAUGUCCACGCCACUCGGCCGAUUGAUCGUUUGUAAUGAGCGGGUCGCUUCUGGAAGAAGAAAAAACAAGAGCCGGUGGACCCACGGCGCAAGAGACGACUGUCGCACGCGCAUACCGACACGCGUCAGAGGUCGCAACCGGGUACCCGAUACCCGUACCCUACCCGAUACCCGGCUACCCGUACCCGGCCGGGUAUCGGGUAUCGGGUACCCGAUUGCGACCUCUGGGAUGAAGCCAUUUUGCAGACGCGGGUGGGUUGAUUCUAGGAACUUGAAUUGUGAGAAGAGACAAGACGUUGGGAAAUGAGUGACAAACGGUGACUCACCAGUGACUCACGGCCUACCCGGCUACCCGUACCGGGUACCCGUUUGCGACCCUGGUGCGGCCGGGUACGGGUACGGGUAAGGAAUCAAAACCCGUUUGCGACCUCUGACCCGCGUCGACCGCACGGGCACCGCGUGUGGGUCUCCUUGCAGCGCCCCGCUAAGGUCGGCACGACGCACCGGGGGGGGGGG